AUGACUCCCCGGGAGCACAUGAGGAAGAUGUCCAUCCUGGGGGAGCAGGGAACGCUGGAGGAAAAGCACCUGUACCGGCUGGCAGGCGGCAUGGCAGCAGGAGAGCUGCGGCAGCGGCAGGAGAUGCUAAUGAGGAACCAGCUGAUGGCAGUAAACCCGCAGCUGAUGGGGCCGGGCCAGCAGAGGAUGCAGGCGAUCCCUGCCCAGUUUGAGCCGCGACUGGUGGACAGAGAUCUGCUACCUUCAACUGAAAUGAUGGCCUCAGCUGACCCCAGACAAAUCCACAUAGCAUCCCACCUGGGACCCGCAGUCCCACAGCACCCCAACAUGCCAAACCUGUUGUCCAACCGUGUCUACCCAGGCCCAGGAUACAGCUUUCUGCAACCAGAGUCCAUGGAAGCUGUGGCCAGAAGACAAGAACUGGUUCAAAAGCAAAAUAUUGCCAGAAUGGAAAUGGAGAUGAGUGCUAUUUUUCAGCAAAAGGAAAUGGAGAAGGCCCAUCGGAAAGGGCUCCUGGGCCUGGAAGCCCCUUUCCUUUACCACGGGAUGCCAGCGAGUCCCAUUGCUUUCCGUGGCAGGCACAGACUCCCCGAAGGGCACCUUGCCAACGACCUGUACGUCCAUCGCACCAGCCUGGAUGAAAUCCAUGGCAACACCAUGCUCAUGGCAAGCAGCCCAUAUCCACCAGUCACCACACUGCAGAGGGAGAGGGGACGCCGCCCCGGGAGGAGAGCUGGAAAUCACAAAACUGCCGAGGGCACUGCCAACGGCACGAAGAGCCAGGCAGAUGAUAAAUCCACAGAUUCUGCCUCAGCUGCAGUGGAUGAUGAGAAAGAAGACAAGAAAGAAGUAGAAGUGGAGACAUCAAACAAACAUGAGCAGAGCAAAAACCAGACUGAGCCAUCUGCAGUUGCCAAGAACUGCAAAGAGUUUGAACAAAGCUUGAGGAAAAACUGCACUACUCAUGAAAUUCCUACUGAAACCACCAGCUGCAGCAACACAAAUGAGAAGGAGGCCAACAGCUCCUGUGCUGCUUUUGAUGACAAGUACCUGUACCCUUCUGCAAUCCCAUUCUCAGCGUUACCAUAUGGAUUUCCAGUGCCCAACAACCCAUUGCUACCUUCAGGAGCUCAUGGCCUGAUCCUGAAUGGAGAAGACAUUUCUUCCAUCGAAGACAUUCGCAAGUGGACCGUUGAUGAUGUGCACAACUUCAUUGUCAGCCUCCCAGGCUGCUCAGAUUAUGCCCAGAUAUUUAAAGACCAUGCUAUUGAUGGAGAAACCCUUCCACUGCUAACAGAGGAACAUCUCCUGGAUACAAUGGGAUUAAAACUUGGACCAGCAUUAAAAAUCCGCUCUCAGGUGUCCCGACGUCUGGGCAACGUGUUCUACAUGAUGAAUGUCCCUCUGUCUGUGCCCCUGCCUCCUGCCCCAGGGAAACCCUCGGAGCAGCCCUCUGACAUGGCCUCUCCUCUGCACUGCAACAGCAGUGGUGACACCCUGGACAGUCCCUGCUCCCAGGACCCAGAAACCUCCCAAGCAGUGGAACAGAUCGUUUCAGAAAGCAGGGAAAAUCCUUGUGACACAGCUGGAUCCCAGGCUGACUUCCAGAUGAUUGCCUUCCAGAAGAGUUGA